AGGAACUGAGAGGAGACUUGCAUACAGAGAGAGACAGAGAUCUUCUGAGAUUCUCCAUUUUUAUUCUCUCCAGCCCUCAAGAAGGAAGGAAACAAAGCAAGGGUUCACAGCCAUGAAUCUGCUUCAUCAAAUAAAACAAGAAACACAAGUAGAACUAGAGACCCCUCCAGGGUUCAAAACAAGGUUAUUUGGUCUUAAGAACUGUCAAUCUUAUGCUGGGUUACAAGAGAAUAUAGUAGUGCAGCCAAAACUAGAAAAAGGGGUGAAGUUGGAUCUGGGCAAGGUAGAUAGAAAUGAAACAACUGGGUGCUCUGAGGAGAACAUAAAUGAAGCAGUCACAAAACCCAACGGAAAUGGACAAGAUUUCGGUGCUAGAGCUAAGACAAAUACAACGAUCUAUGAGUAUCCUGAUCCGGAGUUCUUCGACUUUGAGAUGGAUAAGAGAGAGGAGUGUUUUGCAGUUGGUCAGUUGUGGUCUGUUUAUGACGAUUUCGAUGGCAUGCCACGACUCUAUGCUCGGAUUGACAAAGUUGGUCUAUUUGUUUAUUCUCAGACCCAGAAAGCUUCUUUGCCUAGUUUCAAGGUGUAUAUCACUUGGUUAGAUGCUUCACCCGACUGCGUAGAUGAUAUUGUUUGGAACAAGAAGGGAUUACCCAUUGCUUGUGGUAAAUUCAAACACGGGGCGGCUGGUACACUUGAUGAUAUUGGUGUUUUCUCUCAUCAGGUUGUCUGGAGAAAAGGCAAUACUUCAAAAACUUGCAUCAUAUAUCCUAGAAAAGGUGAAACAUGGGCACUCUUCAAGAACUGGAAUAUUAAUUGGAGCUCUGAUCCGAAUAACCAUAGAAACUUUGAUUAUGAAUAUGUAGAAGUCCUGUCAGACUAUAACGAGCAAUCGGGAAUUCAUGUAGCAUAUUUGGUUAAGAAUAAAGGGUUUGUAAGCCUCUUCAAGCCAAGUGGAGUGGCUUCAUUUUAUAUACCACCAAGUGAACUUCUCAGAUUUUCACAUAAAGUUCCUUCAUUUGAAACGUCUGGUAUGGAACGAGAUGAUGUCCCUGAAGGUUAUUAUGAACUUGAUCCUGCUUCCCUGCCUGCCAAUCACGUCGGAGUAUCUGAUUCCCUGACGGUAAAAUCUCAAGCAGAGAAGAUGACUGGUGUGCCGAAAAAGAGGAAACAACCUGACAAAAACACCUUGGGCGGAGGAAAUGCAAGAAGUGGCACAUGGCUGACAACUAAAUGCAACAUGAAGAAACUGAGGGAACAAAAACUGGGUAACUGUGUUGAGCAGUCUUUAAGUAGAUCAGAUGGUGUGAAGCACAAGACCGGGAGUUUGGUCCCGCAAAUUCCAUUUUCGCAUUCCCUUAUGGAUGAUUGGGAAGUUCCAGACACUGAAUUUUAUUACUUUGAUAUCGACAAAUCUCAUGAUAGAUUCCAGGCUGGUCAGAUAUGGGCUUUAUAUUGCGAAUUGGAUGGCUUGCCAAAGUACUAUGCUCAGAUUACGAAGGUCGAAUUACUACCGGAAUUCAAACUGAAUGUAAGAUGGCUUGAAGCCUGUACCCCACCAAUGGGUGUGCUCCAAUGGCAUGACAAGAAAAUUCCAAUAUGCACUGGAGUUUUUUCUAGUGGUGAGACAGCGGAGUUUGACGAUACUGCUUCGUUCUCCCAUCUUUCAGUUGGAGCAGUAUGUGAGAAGGAAAACAAGUAUGAAAUCUACCCAAGGGAAGGGGAGGUGUGGGCAAUAUACAAGAAAUUCAGUUUAAAAUGGUCUUCUGACGACCUGCAAACAUGCCAAUAUGACAUAGGUGAAGUUGUGGAGCGGAAGGGUGCUACAAUCAAAGUGUUGGUUUUGGAAAAAGUUUCUGGUUUCGAGACGGUUUUUAAGGGUAAGCCGGGGUGUGAAUUGGUACUGGAGAUACCAGACAGUCAACUGCUUAGAUUCUCCCAUCAAAUUCCUGCAUUCCAGUUGACAGAUGAAAGAGACGGAAAGCUUCAAGGAUGUUGGGAGUUAGAUCCCAAAGCAAUGCCGGUUUGUCUAUUCCAUCUCUAAAUACUAGUUACUAAUGUUGGCAAUGUGACUGCAUAUAUUUAUAAGCAGUAUAUGUAACAUACUAGGUAUCACCCCGCCUACGGCCGGGGCUCAACCUUUUUUCGAUUUUUGU